UCUACCAACGGUAGUUAUAAGUAAGAAGCUUGUUCCUCCAGCAGCUAAAAAUCUGAGAUCAUUCUUAUUUAUCCUUUUCUCUUAACUUCCAUGGUAGUAGGAAGCUACUGUGAUUCUCACCAAUUUUCCUCUCUUUAAUUAGACCAAAGAUGGCGGACAUCGAUGUAGAGAAAGUCCUCAAGAAGCUCUCCAUGAGCGACAAGGUUGACCUCCUAGCGGGCAUCGACUUUUGGCACACGAAAGGCCUGCCAGAACAUGGUAUUCCGUCUUUGCGUUUAAGCGAUGGACCUAAUGGUGUUCGUGGCACUAAAUUUUUCAACGGGAUCAAAGCUGCUUGCUUUCCAUGCGGAACUGCAUUAGGUGCUACUUUCAACCUUGGCCUUCUAGAAGAAGCGGGAAAGAAGAUGGGAGAGGAGGCUAAGGUUAAGGGAGCACAUGCCAUCUUGGGACCUACUAUAAACAUGCAGCGAGGUCCUUUAGGCGGCCGAGGAUUCGAGUCUCUCGGCGAAGACCCGUUCCUAGCUGGGCUAGGUGCCGCUGCGCUGGUCAGGGGCAUCCAGUCAACUGGGAUCCAAGCUACUAUUAAACACUUCGUUUGUAACGACCACGAACACAAACGGAACGCCGUCCAGGCAAUUGUGACAGAACGAGCAUUGCGCGAAAUUUACGCAUUGCCUUUUCAACUAGUCGUUCGGGACUCCAACCCGGCCUCUUUUAUGACUGGCUAUAAUGGAGUUAACGGGACGUAUUGUAGCGAGAAUUCCAAACUUCUGGACCAAAUAAUACGCGGCGAGUGGGGAUGGGGUGGGAUGGUUAUGAGUGACUGGUAUGGCACGUACAGUACUACAGAGGCAGUGUUGGCAGGCCUUGAUCUUGAGAUGCCUGGCCCGCCGCGAUUCAGAGGCGAGCCAUUGAAGUUUAAUGUCUCUACCGGCAAAAUUCGCACCCAUAUCCUGGAUCAGCGGGUGAAAGCUAUGUUGGAAUUUAUCAAAAAGUGCGCUGCCAGCGGCGUGAAAGAAAACGCCCCUGAAGGCACGGCUGAUACGCCCGAAACAGCUGAGCUUCUCCGAAGGAUAGGGAACGAGGGAAUCGUCUUAUUAAAGAAUGAGAAAAGUGUGCUUCCCCUUAGAAAGGAUAAGAAGACUGUAAUCAUUGGACCGAAUGCCAAGGUUGCAACAUACCACGGAGGAGGAUCCGCAUCUUUGGCUGCGUAUUAUGCUGUGACGCCAUUCGACGCUAUCAGUAAUAAGCUUCUCUCAAAGCCUGAUUAUACUAUCGGCCAGUAUUCGCACAAAUUGUUACCACUUCUCGGUUACUCGACCAAAUCAACCGAGGGCGCCCAAGGCAUGACUAUGAAGGUUUACACGGAAGGUCACGAUGUUCUAGACAGACAACCGGUUGACCAACUAGAGCUUCUCAAGACGGAGAUGCUACUGAUCGAUUACAAAAACCCGCACGUGAAGAGCCCUCUCUGGUACGCAACGCUCGAAGGAUCUCUAGUCGCUGAAGAAGACGCCACCUGGGAGUUCGGUCUUGUCGUUUCCGGAUCAGCAAAUCUUUACGUCAAUGACGAGCUUAUCGUUGACAAUACGACGGAGCAGAAACUAGGCGAUGCAUUCUUCGGCAGUGCCACCGUCGAAGUGAAAGGGUUCUACAAGCUGGAGAAGGGAAAGACUUACAACUUCAAGGUCACGUUCGGAUCAAGCCCGACGUCUAAGCUGGGAGGCGAUGUUGUCCUUCUCAACGGCGGCGCGCUCAGGGUUGGCGGAUGCAAGGUUAUCGACCCUAAAGCCGAGAUAGCUCACGCUGUUGAAUUAGCUCGAAGUGCGGAUCAAGUCAUCGUGUGCACGGGGCUUAACGCCGAAUGGGAAACCGAGGGCAAUGACCGUCCUGAUAUGAGCCUCCCUCCUGGCCUAGAUGAUUUGAUUGCUGCCGUCGCAAAAGCCAACCCCAACACCGCGGUAGUUAUGCAAUCCGGCACCCCAGUAGAGAUGCCUUGGAUCGAUGAGGUGAAUGCUCUUAUUCAGGCUUGGUAUGGCGGUAAUGAGACGGGAAAUACAAUUGCCGAUAUACUCUUCGGCGAUGUAAAUCCCUCCGGAAAGCUUAGUCUCAGCUUCCCAGUUCGCGUCCAGGAUAAUCCAGCGUAUUUGAAUUACCGAACCGAAGGCGGUCGAGUAAUCUACGGCGAGGAUAUCUACGUGGGCUACCGGUAUUACGAAUUUGUCGACCGCGAGGUCUUAUUUCCUUUCGGACACGGCCUAAGCUAUACAACCUUUGCGUUUUCAGACUUAUCGCUCAGUGAGAAAAACGGAGAAUUGACCGUGUCGGUUGCUGUUAAGAAUACAGGCAGCGUAAAGGGCGCCGAAGUUGCACAGGUAUACGUUGCGCCUAAGCAGAAGGCCAAGGUGAACCGACCAGUUAAAGAGCUCAAGGGUUUCGGCAAGGUAGAAUUGGCGGCGGGUGAAACCAAGACGAUCUCGGUCAAGGUUGCGAAGAAGUACGCAGCUGGCUAUUGGGAUGAGGAGCGCGAUCAAUGGUGCGUUGAAGAGGGCGAGUACGAGGUUAUCGUUAGCGACAGCAGCGAGAUAAGGGAGAGCAAAGUGGUGAAGAGUUCGUUUAAGGUGGCUGAGACUUUCUGGUGGUCCGGGCUGUGAACACGAUGAGAAAUUAUGUAGCGUAGAAGAGUGAACCAAUCUUUUCUUGAUUAGAGAGGAACUUCGAGUGGAUAGAAUAGAACCACUGGAGAAUCUUGAAUUGUGUACCUAGUAAAUUAUGCCGAUAUUAUGCAGGUUACCUAGAGGCUACCUGAAGUACCACGUUUAAAAGUACUCAGGUACUUUUUGGACCCU